GUAUACCACAUACACUGUGAAAUUCAAGUGUCAGACCAAUAUUGUGGUUAAGCUCCUAUUUGACAGCCAUUGGGUUUGCCAUUGCCGUGCCGACACACAAGUGCAGAAAUGACUUCGGCGCUUUUUAAAUUGAGGCUUUUGCCUCCUUUCAGGCCAUUGCUUCUCCCGCCGGCGCAGCAGAUGUCAAUGUACCAACCAACCUACAUCGACCCAAUCUUCAAGAAAGAGCAACAGCAAGUCCUCACUGAAACCGGAGAGGCCUCGAACCUAGCGCACAUCCCCAUCAAAUCAGCACGAAACAACGACACAUGCUCCGUCUUCCAUGACAACACAGUCUCCAAAUUCACGAACUACAUAAUGCGAAAAGGCAACAAGAUCCUCGCACGCGAACUCCUCGAGAAAACGUUUGAGAAUGUGAAGCGAAUCCAACUGGAACGUUACAACUUAGCCGAGGGGGAUGAGAAGAACAAGAUCGAGACGAACCCUAAGGUUAUAUUGCACAGGGCAAUCGCGAAUUCGCGGCCGAUACUGCAACUCACCCCCAUCAAGCGAGGAGGAGUCAAGUACCAAGUCCCGAUUCCUAUUACCGAGAACCGGUCGUUGUUUUUGGCGAUGAAUUGGUUGAUCCAGGCUGCGAAGGAAAAGGAACGCAAAGUGCACUUCCCAGAGAAGCUGGCGUGGGAGUUGUUGGAAGCUGCCUCAGGCCAGGGGAGAGUAAUCAAACGAAAGCAGGACCUGCACAGGCAAUGCGAGGCGAACAAGGCGUACGCUCAUUACAGAUGGAGUUAAAACAAUCAACUUUGAUUUUAUUAUAAGUUAACUAGCGAAUAAAUUGUGUACAAAUCA